UUUGCAUAAACCAUCAUUUACAAAUAUCAAAUGACCCGUAUCUCGUAAAUACACGCUUAAGAAAACAAUAAUGCAUGAGUAAUAAUAAUCUUUUAACUUUGAUUUUGAUUACGUUUAUUGUUACUGUUAAUAUAAAUAGAGCUCGAUAUGUUUUGGCCGUUUUCAUUCGUCAUUAUCAACUCGAUUAUCCUUAUAAUUAUGAUAUCGAAUUUUUUUUUUUAAGUUUUAGAAUGUACCUAAACUAUUUUAUAUUCGCCUACGGCAUCACUACUUCCUACGCCUUUUUGGACUCCCUGUAUAUGCAAUUGGAGUACAACUGCACCGGAACUGAUAAUUUCGUUUGCCAAAACAGCCGAUGUGUUCCUAUCAACAAGAGAUGCGAUGGAGUAAAUGAUUGUUUCGAUAAUUCAGAUGAAAGAGAUUGCGAUCAAUACCAAUGCAAACCACCACUUUACUUCAAAUGCAAAAACAACAAAUGCAUUCCAGCUUCGUUUCAUUGCGACAAAGAAAACGAUUGCGGCGAUUACUCAGAUGAAAUCGGUUGUGCCGAUUUCCAAGCAUUAAUGGCACAUCCAACAAACUGUACCGAUGAAGAAUGGACCUGCCACGAUAAACUAUGCAUUCCAAAAGAUUGGGUAUGUAACGGAGAACCUGAUUGUCUGGAUGAAUCCGAUGAAACUUUCGGUUGUACUGAUCACCACAAAUGCACCGACUUUCAAUGUAAAGAUGGUCAUUGUAUACCUCACGCUUGGGUUUGCGAUGGAAGUUUCGAUUGUAGCGAUCAUGAAGACGAACAAAAUUGUGAAAAACAAAUCGAUCCGAAUGAAUGUACUUUGGAUGAGCGAAGAUAUCUAUGCCCGGAUAAUAAGACUUGCAUUCGAUUGAAUCAAUUAUGCGAUACCAAGAAAGAUUGUCCGGAUGGAAUUGAUGAGUCACCCAGCUGCCUUUUACGACCGUGCACAAACACAACUUGUUCCCACGAAUGCGCUAAUUUACCCGAGGGACCAAAAUGUUUGUGUCCAAAAGGAUAUCAUCGAGUCACUGAUAGGCAAUGUGAAGAUAUUGAUGAAUGUGAAACAUUCGGAAUUUGUGAUCAAAAAUGUCGGAAUUUACCGGGAUCUUAUCGAUGUUAUUGCGACUCAAAAUACAAGUUACAAGAUGAUAAGAAGACUUGUAGGAUAAGCGGAGGUGAAGCUGUCCUUGUUUAUAGUUCAAAAAGGGAAGUACGCGGUUAUUUUUUGGAGUCACAACAUUUAUUUGAGGUGGCGAGAAAUUUGAAACAAGCUCUUGGUGUUGCAUUUGAUGGCCGUCAUGUUUAUUGGACUGAGAUUGCUUCAUCGCAUGAGAGUAUUGUUAGGUCUUUAGAGGAUGGCGAACAUCGAGAGACUUUAGUAACUUCUGGAUUAGGAGCAGCGGAGGAUUUAGCUUUAGAUUGGGUAACAGGGAACAUUUAUUUUACCGAUUCGGAAAUGCAACACAUUGGAGUUUGCACAAAAAAUGGUCAUCAUUGCACUGUAAUUGUUAAUAAAGAUAUUCAUAAACCACGAGGAAUUGCUUUAAAUCCCACAGAUGGUGAAAUGUAUUGGUCCGAUUGGGGCGAUAAACCGGAAAUAGCGAAAUCGUUAAUGGAUGGAACCAACGAUAACACAUUCAUAUCGACGGAUAUCUCUUGGCCAAAUGGGUUAAGUCUCGACCAGCCGAAUGGAAGAUUGUAUUGGACAGAUGCUAAGAAAAUGACGUUGGAAAGUAUACGAUUAGAUGGAACUGAUCGUCAAGUUAUUUUAGAGGGAAUUGUUAAACAUCCUUACUCAAUUGCGAUUUUUGAAGAUAAACUUUUUUGGUCGGAUUGGACGACGAAGUCAAUUCAUCAUUGCAAUAAAUUCACGGGAAAAAAUUUCCACACGAUCAUUAAAGAGAAUAAAAAUGAAAUUUAUGGCAUCAAUAUUUAUCAUGCUGCGAUGAAAACAAAUAAAACAAAUCCGUGUUUAAGCGCAAUCUGCAGCGAUAUGUGUUUAUUAAGCGGAAACGGAUAUUCUUGUGCUUGCCCUCAAGAUAAAAUCUUAGGAAACGAUAAACAUAUUUGUGCACCUGUUGAAAAACAACAAAUUUUAAUAGCUGCAACAAAAAAACAAUUGGUUCAAAUUGAACAUAGGAUUUUGGGGCGACACAACACCAUGCCAAUACCAAUUAUGGCAAUGGAUAUUACAAGUUUUACUUACGCCUCAUUUUUCCACACCUUAUAUAUUAGUGAUAAUUCAACAAAUUCGAUUAUUUCAUUAAAUCUCAACACAAAGGAAACGAAAACUUUCUAUAAAUUUGAGACUCCAACGUUCAUCAAUUCGAUGGUUUACGAUUAUUUAGGUCAAAACUUGUUCUUUUGCGAUUCCACACAUAAAACGUUGAACGUUUUGAAUUUAAACACGAAAGUAAUGAAACCGUUGGUGCAUGAUUUUGGUGGUGAUGUUCCGCAGAGUGUUGCUGUAGUUCCUGAUGAUGGGUUAAUAUUUGUCGCAUUUAAAAAAGAUUGGAAUAAAUACCAUAUUGAUCGUUUCCGCGUAGAUGGAACAAGUCGUAUUCACAUUGCUGAAGAGAACAUAAAAGGUACAAUAUCUCUUUAUUAUGAUCAAGAUUUCCACCGAAUCUUAUGGACGGAUUUUACUCGUGGUACUAUUGAUAGUAUUGGAGUCGAUGGUGAAAAUCGCCACACCUUACUUUUCUUAACAACAUAUCCUGUUGGAAUUACGUCUCUUGCGCGAGAUCUUUUCUGGACGAACGAUGGAAGUUCCGAUUUGAUGUGGGUCGACAAAUUAAAAUUGGAUUUUCCGAAAAAGAUUCAUUUAGAUAUCGAUUCAUCAUCACCUAUUUCAUUAAUCUCAGCGACACCAAGAGCAAUGCAACCCCAUGCCUGUCAAUAUAAGAACGGAAAUUGUAGCCAUAUUUGUUUAGCUUCUCAUCGAGAUAGUUUCCAAUGCGUUUGUCCAAUCGGAAUGAAUCUCCAUACAGAUAAUAAAACCUGCGUGCAACCACUACAAUGUUCAAGUCAACAAUUUCAUUGUAGAAAAGAUGAUAGAUGUAUUCCUUUAUCGAUGUAUUGUAAUGGAAGGAAAGAUUGUGUUUCUGGGGAGGAUGAAAGCGAAGAUUGCAACAAACGACAUGAUUGUCCAAUUAAUUAUUUUCAAUGUGGUGAUGGAGCUUGUAUAAAACCUAAACAAGUUUGUGAUAAACAUUACGAUUGUCAAGAUCGAUCUGAUGAAAGAUCCGACGUUUGCCAGAAAUGGAUGGCGAAGAAAGGCCGAUUUUGUAAUACACACGAAUUCAUGUGCAAGAAUGAGAUUUGCUUGGACAAUGUAUUCGUUUGUGAUGGAGUGAAACAUUGCGAAGGUGGCGAAGAUGAAGAAAAUUGUUUGAAAUCAACGUGCGCGCCAGAUGAGUUCAAAUGCAAUUCGGGAAGUUGUAUCCCGAAAAGGUGGGAAUGCGAUCGAGAUUAUGAUUGUCCUGAUAUGUCUGAUGAACACUCUAAAUGCGAUUACAAAAUGGAGUGUACCAAAAACGAUUACAAAUGUAGAAACGGAAAGUGUAUCCCAAAAUCACUUCGUUGCGAUAAAACCGACGAUUGCGGCGAUUAUUCGGACGAAAUCGACUGUCACCACCAAAAACAAAACGAAUGUGAAACGGGGAGUUAUUCCUGCAUCACUAACACCUCAAUUUGCAUCCCGUUAACGUCCGUUUGCGAUGGAAAACCCGAUUGUCCCCACAAAGAAGACGAAGUCCAAUGUGGAAAUUGUCAUCUCGACCAGUACGAGUGUAAAAACAAAAAGUGUAUUAACCGUAUGUGGAUAUGCGAUGGUCACGAUGAUUGCGGUGAUGCCUCCGAUGAAAACAACGAUUUAUGUACGCAAAAUGGAACUGGUCCAACGGGAAGAAUUUGGGCUGAGUGUGAUGGGUACAGGUGUAAAAAUGGUAAUUGUAUUCCAAUGGAACAAGUUUGUGAUAAAAAGAACGAUUGUUUCGAUGGAUCCGAUGAGAAUGGGAUGUGCGAAAAGAGUUGUCAGAGCGAUUCAAAUCCGUGCUCGAUGAAAUGUAUUAAGACUCCAGCUGGGGCGACUUGUGCUUGCGAAGAUGGGUUUAAAUUGGAAGCAGAUGGGCAAAGUUGUAGUGAUAUUCAAGAAUGUCGAUUGGAUCCACCCGUUUGUAGUCAAUUGUGUACUGAAUUGAUGGGAUCGCAUACUUGUGGGUGUUAUGAAGGAUUUGCAUUGAGAGGAGAUAAAAAAUCUUGUAAAAGCGAUGGUGAACCUCCACAAAUUUUCUUCUCCGUAGAAAAUCAAAUUCGUCGUCUCUCCGUUGGUCAAAAUCGUUUAGACAUUCCCUUUGAUGAACGCAACCUUGGAAUUUCCGGUCUCGAUGUUGCCGUUAACAAAAAUUUCUUAUACUUUUCCCUUAAAUAUAGCCCAUAUAUACAUCGUAUGGACGUAAAAACCGGCGAUUACAACUCCGGAACGAUGCAAUUACCUGGAAAUACACGCAAUUUAGCCGUCGAUUGGGUUUCAGAUAACAUAUAUUUCGUUCACGGUUACAAGUAUGAUAAAAAGAUCACCGUUUGUUCUUUUACUAUGAGAUCAUGCGUCGAUAUUAUUAAUAUAGAUGGUGGGGACAACGUUCAAAUCGAAUCUUUGGUAAUCGAUCCGAUAAAUCACGUGCUUUUUUAUACGAUCACUAAAUGGUCGAUGAUGGAUCACGUACAAAGUGUUAUUUAUAAGAGUACUUUGGAUGGGUCAAAAGUAUUUCCGAUUAUUACAGCCGAAAACAAACAAAUUUCCGGUUUAACGUUGAACGUUUAUUCAAAAACUUUGUAUUAUUCCGAUCGAUUUAUCGGUGAUAUAAUUAAAAGUGAUUACAAUGGAUUGAAUUCGUUCACUGUAUUUCGAAAUAGAUCGCAUCCUUAUAAGAUGGAAUUAUUUGAAGAUUCUUUAUACUUCAUUGAGAGUCAAGGUCAUAUGGUUAGUUGCAAGUUAUAUCACGAUCGAAGUUGUAAAACGGUGAAGAUGAUCUCUUUUACGAGCGCUCAUUUUGUUAUUUUCCAAGAAUCUCGACAACCUAAAGGUAUUAAUUGGUGUGAAAAUCAUAAUUGUUCUUAUUUGUGUGUUCCUGCCGAUGCUGGACCGAUUUGUUUAUGUCCAGAUGGUUCUAUUGAAAAGGAACGAUGUGAUAUGAAAGGUGAAUACAUUGCAAGUCGUCAACAGAUGAUUUCCAUGCAAUUUGGAUCUGAAAAAUCUUUAUCAAAUGGUGUUGUAGCUUUAAUUGUUAUAUUUACGAUUAUUGCUAUUAGUGGGGUAUUGUAUGGAGGAUAUUAUUGCCAACAAAAAAGAAAACAUACCGGAUCAUUUCCAAUUCCAAAUUGGAGUUCAGUUGAAUAUACAAAUCCAAUUUAUGGAAAACAACGUAACGAUUUGUUACAAUCAGAACGUGGUGAAAGUGGAAAUCCAGUUGAUUUUGGAAGUAAAGAUAUGGAAGCAGCCGCGAAUGCGAUUUUAGAUAGAGUGAAUCCUUUAGUAGAUGUUAGUGAUUAAAAUAAUUUAAAAAAUUUUUGGUAGGCUAGGAAGUAACUGAAAAGAUACUUUUUAUUGUAUUAGUUUUUGUUAAUUGUGAUAUUAGUCUAAUGUUGUUGUAUAAGGUAGGAAAAAAUUAAUCAAAAAAAAUAUUUGCGAGA